AUGGCAACCACCACGUUCACCACCACUAUUUGCGCCGCCACCGCCACAAAGCCAGUAUUAUACUCGCAAUACGCAAACAACGGUGUCAUAAGCAUCCAAGUUGGUGUCCCGAGGCGUGUGGAUGUGCGGCAUGGAGCCAAGCCUCAGGUCGCCGAGCAGAAAGGUCCUCCACCCUCACCACCUGGUUCCCCUGUGCUUUCAAGCGCUAGGUACCAGGGCUUGAAAGGCUCCAAGGGCUUCAUCACCGGAUGCCGGCCGAGUGGAGAGCUCCCCACAUGCCAUCUCCAUUCCAUUUUCCCUCAUCUUGACACUACCGGUGGACUUUGGGCUCCAGUUAUUGGAUCAGCAUUCCCUGCUGCUUCGCUAGGCCCUGUCGUGACGAAACUUUCCCCAAUGGGCCCGGUCCUGGGAGAGCCUGGGAGGCUGGAUCCUGAGCCAGAUCCUAGCCGGGUUCCUAAAAAUCGAACUUGCGAGUCGAGUCAACAACAACGUCGUCCUCGUCCCCCAUCAUCUUCCGCUGGAGCGGGUGCCGACGGGCUUGGCCCAUACAGAUCGCAGGAAUCAUGUAGCGCUGAUCCGGAAUUCUGCAUCGACCCGGUAGGACAAUAUAUCACAUUACGGAAGUAG